AUGGUCGCUCAAAUUCAACCCCUGCGUGAUAUGAUAUAUGUGCCACUCCCAACAGGGACCAAUGCCAUACGACUAAUCAAGUUAAAGCCACGAUCCUGCCAUCGACCUGCCGGGAUAAGUGCAGACCUUGUCGUUUGUGAACUCGUCUCCUUCUCCCGUGGUUGCUGCCCACCAUACACAGCUGUUUCCUACGCUUGGGGCAAAAGCACAACAAGCUCCCAACUUGCAAUUGGGGACCAGAUAUAUGAAGUUAGCUGUACAGUCGAACAAGUCCUCCGGCAACUCGUCGUUGAGGAUGCCGACAGGUUCGUCUGGGUAGAUCAGAUAUGCAUCAACCAACAAGACAACGCCGAGAAGAGCGACCAAGUGCAGCAGAUGAAAAGCAUUUAUACCGAAGCAUAUCUUGUCAUAGCUUGGCUUGGGCCUGCCGCAGACGAUAGCGAUAUGCUUUUGAAACACAUUGAGAGAAUGGGGGAGGCGAUUUGGGCAGACGAUCACAGUAGCGUUCUCGCUGCUCACUCGAAUAAAGAAGGAUUACAAGCCAUCAGCCGUGCCUUUCGUUCUCUCUGCCAACGGGAAUACUGGAAGAGGCUCUGGAUCAUCCAAGAGUUCGCUGUCGGCAGUAGCCUGCGCAUUGCGUGUGGUGAUGUGAUGGUAUGGGAUUGGAAUCUGGAGGCAUUGCUCGCCUAUAUGAAUCAGCUCUUGGAAGGACACUUUUCGAGAUCCCCGGAUAGAUCUAGUGACCCUCUCGGCGAUAGUCUGCCUCGUGCCUAUUUAACGUCAGCUACGAGCUUUAUGGAAGGUGUCGUAACUAGGCGAUGCCGAUACUGGGCGCGCCAAGAUGGGGACAUCAGCAGCGAUGCACUCUUUUACGUCCUAGUCACUACACUGGUCCUAGAGCGCGACUACAACCAACCUCAAGCGACAAACCCUCUGGACAGAGUAUUUUCGAUUCUGCAUCUAGCUCACGACGCUGAUGAAUUCGUCAACAUAAUAGACUACUCGCGAUCAUGCGAAGAGAUAUAUCGCGAAAUUGCGCUGGUUAUCUUGAAACAAGGACAUAUCGAUCUUCUUGCGUACUGUCAGUUCCCAAAGCUAUCGCCUGACAUGCCAACGUGGACUCCAGACUGGCGUACUCAAAUACGUUCACCUUGUACUGGGCCUCCGUGGUCGCAUAGCUUUUGCGCAUCUGCAGGCAUGGCUUCCCAACAAUGCGUAACGUCGCUCGAUGAGCACAGCAUACAGCUCAAAGGGGCGAUAGUCGGCGCGAUUGAACAGUGCGGUUCAGUAUGGAAUCCUGAUUGGACUGGUUCUCUCGACGUAUCCCAAACCAUUGCUUAUCUACAGGAGAUCCAAUCAUUCUGCACCAGGUCCCGGCAAUUGACGCCCGAUGAGGCGGAGAGAGCUGCUGCACACGUAGCCAUAGCGGCCGCCUAUGAUAAGACAGAGGUUCAGAAGGAGUUUCACAACUGUAUUCAAGCUUGGCGAGAGUUGAUGGAUUAUUUGAAACUAUCUACAUCUCCUACGAGUGAUAGCGUAAUGGAGCCUCAGAUAGACGGGCAUUUGGCGAAAGAGUUGACUGCCGAUCACAGCUGGGAUAGUUGGCAGUCUUCUCAUUGGUACACGACACGGCUACGCUUCUUGCACUCACGAGUUCCAAUUCUGCUAGAGUCUGGACACGUGGGAUUAGCAUCCUCCAACACCAAGAAAGGAGACCAAAUUUGCGUCUUUGUAGGGGGGAAAGUACCGUAUAUUAUUCGGCCAGUGGAAAAGGUCCUAGGCGAAUUUCAACUCGUUGGUGAGGUCUACAUAUACGGGAUGAUGUCUGGCGAACCUGUAAAUGAGUCUACUAUUAUCAAUUCGAUUGUAUUAAGGUAA